CCCGAACCACCGGCCGCGGAUUUCCCGGGAGCCCCCGCGGCCGCUGGAGGUGAGCGGGCCGCAAUGGCGUUUUCCGCUUCGGCCGCCUACUUGACCCACCAGCAGAAGGUGUUGCGGCUUUAUAAGCGGGCGCUGCGCCACCUGGAGUCGUGGUGCAUCCACAGAAUUUGCAGUUCAGGUUUUAUGUUGGAUGCUGAGUAAAUAAAAGAACUUGGCAACUCGGAUAAACGGGGAAGAUGGUCAUGUAAACAAGUAGAUACCUCAGAAAAUUACCAAUCUUUUUAAAGAUGAAGUCAAGCCAUCAAGAAUUCAGGGACAAAUACCGGUACUUCGCUUGUUUGCUGAGAGCCCGGUUUGAAGAACAUAGGAAUGAAAAGGAUAUGGUGAAAGCCACUCAGCUGCUUAGGGAGGCGGAGGAAGAAUUCUGGCACAGUCAGCAUCCGCAGCCGUACAUCUUCCCUGACUCUCCCGGGGGCACCUCCUAUGAGAGAUACGAGUGUUACAAGGUUCCUGAGUGGUGCUUAGAUGACUGGCACCCUUCUGAGAAGGCAAUGUACCCUGAUUACUUUGCCAAGAGAGAGCAGUGGAAGAAACUGCGGAGGGAAAGCUGGGAGCGAGAGAUUAAGCAGCUGCAGGAGGAAACCCCGCUUGGUGGUCCUAAAACAGAAGCUUUGCCUCCAGCCCGAAAGGAAGGUGAUUUACCCCCACUGUGGUGGCAUAUUGUGACCAGGCCCCGGGAGCGGCCCAUGUAGAGAAGACGACACCUCACCAAUCAUGCUUGCAAGUGAAAGAAGUUAUAGAAUACACACACACUUGCCUUAAUAAAAAUAGCAUGCUAUG